AUUUGUUAGUUGGUGCGUCGUUUUUGAUAAAGGACGAAAAGAGCAAGAAGCGGCGGUUCUGGUGAGCCGAAAAGCUGGAAACGCGUUGUCGACAACGACAAAAAAAUAUAGCAACACCUCAUCUGUCUUUGUUGCAGUGAAACCUUUGACCACUGGAAAAGGAGGAUUAGACAACUGGUUGGACUGAGUGAUUCAGCACCACAACCUCAAGUCAAGUCGAAGUUGUCGUUUCAAAGAGAGGUUGAUAGCUGUUUGACAGUGAACCACCAAAGGGUCAAGUUCUAACAUCCGGAGUGAACACCACAGUGAAGAACAACCUGAAUUACUGCGGUACUCCAGUCGUGUAUGGAAAAUUCUUUGUCAGUCGACUGAUUUCUCGGACUUGCUGCUAUUCGUGGAUGUGACGUGUUAAACUGUGGUUGACAAAAUACCAGCACCCGGACAAAGGCAAAACCAGAUCAGUUUGGAAUUGGAAGGAGGUAUCUGUCUACUACUGAUUUGGUGCCUUUGAAGACGGGUGUGCUGAUUCAUGCAUUCAUAGAUCGGAUGAAAUGAUUUUUCCCUGAACGUCAACAUAACUUUGUAAAAUGGCAGACGAAGCUGAAACCGUCGUCUACGAGAUCGUGGAACAGGAGGUGGUUUCUGGUGAUAAUCAGCAAAACCAAACUGACCACACAAAUGAAGCGGUGCAGUUGCUUGUCCAGGCUUAUGAGUAUGGCAACCAACAAGGUACGCCCGAGGCCAACUCAGACGCCGUCCAGUUGAUGGUGCAGCAGGAGGAAGGGCAGCUCAUCUCUGUGGAUCUCCAGUCCGCAAACUUUGCUGCAGAUGGCGUCCAGUUACUUGUAGAGGCAAGCCAACUCGACCAACUUGCUUCAAUGGGUGAGAUUACAGUUGCCCCUCUCGUUGAUGGGAUCCACAUGCUGGCGGAAGCGUCAGAGGUUCAGCAGGUUCAAAUGAAAGAACCCGAGAAUAAAAUUAUCGACGAGUAUGCGACGUUUGUGUGUCAGGUUUGUAGCAGGACGUUCAUAUCUAACGUGGCUUUGCAGAAGCAUCUUCAGGCGCAUCGAGAAAAAGGGGUGGUGGUUCCACAGAGUACUACUGGCUUUCCGUGCGACAUUUGCGAGAAGAUGUAUCUUUCUAAGCGAGCGUGGCUGAGGCACAGACAGACUGUGCACAUGGGCAUGAAGUGGGAUGCGAAGAAACGUGACGACAAGAGGUCUGAAGUUACGGGCGGUGACGAGGAGGCGGAAGAUGGUAUCGAAGCCGAUCGAUUCUUCGGGAAUCCCGAAACAGAAGUUGAAGAUGAGGAACACGUGACUGCUGAAGAUGAAGCCAAAAAACUUGAGGAAGAGAUGAAGAUUGACAAAAUUACUGCCCAAGCGAGAAAAGAUGGAUUUGUCUUGCGCUGUGGUGAAUGUGACCGUAUCUACCCAUCAAAAUGGUCUCUGAAGCGCCACAUGCUUCUAGUACAUGCGCCUGACCAAAAGGGGUUUGGUGACAUUUCAUGUACGCUCUGUGUGAAUACCUUCACGCAUCAGGAAGCUUUGGUGGAGCACAUGAAUGAGGUGCACUUUGCUCGCUCACAGCCUGUGCCAAAGCAGCCUACUGAGGGUGAAGAUGAACAAGCAAUGUUUAUUGAUGAGGGCGCGCCAGGAGAAAGAGCCCCUGGGGAGGCUCUGGGAGAGAAAGCGACUGGAGGGGUUGCCUCUGCAGAAGCUGCUGUCGAGAUGAGUCCUGAGGAUGAAGGUCCACCAGAAGAUUCAGAUGAAGAAUGGAAGCCCGGCGACUCAUCAAGAUUUUGUUGUGGACUUUGCGAUAAAUCUUACUCACAGAAAGUAAAAUUGAAACAACAUAUGAUAAAGUGUCAUUUCGAUGAAACUGGCAUGCCGAAAGGCAAAACCGAUGGCCGACCUCGCAAUGUUGUUUGUGCGGUUUGUGACAAGAAGUAUCUCAAUAUCGAUGGGCUGAGACGUCAUAUAAAAACAGUACAUGGGAUCGAGGAGGAAGAAAUGGAGUCUGAAUCCGACCAUGACUCUGACUUGGAUGACGAGGUGAGCAGAGCAGAACAUAAGCAACAGGCAGAAGACGACAUUGGAAGAGGAGAUGAUGGAAGGCAAGCAGACGUACAAGUUGUAGAAGACAAACAACAAGCAGACGUCAAGGAACUGGCAGACGACAAAACCAAUCCUGAACCACAGCCUGGGACAUCUGCUUCUUAUGUUGAAGAUAAACCAAAGGAAGAGAAGGACUCGGACGAGACGAGCAACAAAGAGGAAUAUCUUUCUGGUCAUGGUUUGAAACGACACAGACCUGAAUCAGAGGAUGGGGAACCUGAAUCGAAAAAGAAAAAACUGGAUGUUGAGAACUAUCUCCAGGCAUCACCGGUUGUUGGUGAUUUGACCUGCAGUCCUUGUAGUAAGACCUUUGCACAUAAAUGGUCAUUGGAAAAGCAUUUAAAGACAUCUGUUCAUAAAUUAGCACUGAAAGAUUGGCGAGAGAAGGGUUUUGCGAUGCCGGUUAUUGAGAAAAAUAUUGAUGCUGCUGUCGACAAUGAAUCACAAAUGUCUGAAAGUUUUGUCUGUGAACCGUGUGACAAAUCUUUUUCCAGUCAGUAUUCGCUUGAUAGGCACAUGAGAUCUUUGAUACAUAAAGAGGUUGUAGGAGAAGAUGCGAAAGGUUCCGAAUCUGCACCACGAAUUGGUGCUGAUAUCAGUAAAGUUGUAGAAAAGGUAGUACAGAAUCCUGAUUCUGACCCGAAAGAAUUUCGUUGUGCGCCAUGUGGCAAAAGUUUUUCUCACGAGUUUUCGCUAAAUAGGCAUCUUAUGUCCAUCUUGCAUAAAAGUCCGGGUACGUUCCAUGAAAUUAAGUGGGGUGGAUUUGAGUGUACUGUUUGUGGUGGUACGGUAUCGACCGCUAAAGGUUUACAGGGGCAUCUUGAUAGCCAGGUGCACAAGAGUGCACAUGGCAAUUCCAAAUCUGAUGACAAAGAUGAAUCGUUUAUUCAAAACGAAAAUGGUGAGUACGAGUGUUCGCUUUGUGAUAAAGUGUACGCACAGAGCUUUUCUUUGAAGAGGCAUAUGGAGUCUCCACUGCACAAGGGCAAAGUGGCAGAAUUGGCAAAUAAGGCCUUGGUUGGUGAUACGUCCAUGGAGCAGGUGAAUGAAUCGAUGGAGCAGGAUGAAGAAGGAGAUGAGUACCAAUCUUCCCCGUCGAACACCAGUUUUUCUUCCCAUCGUAAUUCGAGGCGGCAUUUGGAGUCCAAGCAGCAUAAGGAUAACGUGAAGGAGAAAGAGGGGAAGAAAGUCAAAGAAAGGGAAACCAACAGCGUGCGAUAUGAAUUCUUCACUCAAACCAAGGCUGGGGAAUACAGAUGCAAGGAUUGUGGCGUGACCAUUGGGUCAACUAGUCACUUGAACAGGCAUUUGGAAACCCAAAUGCAUAAAAACAACCAUAAAGCAAAGGAGGCUGAAGAAGACGACGAGGAAAAAGAAGAACUAGUAGAUGAAGAAAAAGAAGAAGAGGAAUCAAUGGCCCCUAAUCCUGCUGGUCGGUAUGAAUGCAUACUUUGUGAAACGACCUACUCGAGUUCUCAUCAUUUGAAGAGGCACUACAAUACCCAGUUGCAUAAAGAUGCUGUUUAUGAGGCCUCUCUAAAGCGCCUACAAAAAACUCCAUUGGCCAAGAUGCUGUCAGGUAAAGUUGGGGAGAAAAGCACACCAGAGGGACCGCCAAAGGUGGAGUUCCCUUGUCGGCCUUGUGGGAAGUCGUUCCCGUUCAAGUACACUUAUGAACAGCACCUCGGAUCCCCAGUGCACAAAAGUAACGUUCGUGCGGAGUUUGAGAGGCGCCUCAGAUCUCCAGGUAUCGAGUCUGCAGAUCAAGAUCUACCCGGUGGACAGUUUGUUUGUGAGCCGUGUCGUACAAACUUUACCACCAAGAAAUCUUUGAUGCGUCAUUUCCAGUCGCUGGUACAUAAGAGCAAAUUGGAAGCAGCUAAGAAGCCCUUCAGUAUCACUCCAGCCGAAGCUCCAGCAGAGGAAACGCCAGCUGAAAAUCCAGUUGUGAAGACUCCAGCCAGAGACCCGGUGGAGAAAAUUCAAGCUGAGAAAACUCCAGCACAAGAUCAUGUAGCGAAAUCUCCAGAUAAAAAUCCUGCAGAUGAAGAUCCUUCAAUGAAAGAGGAGCAUGUCGGUAAGUUUGCUUGCAAGCCAUGCGGUUCCCUGUUCUCCAGUGAGAAAUAUUUGCUACGACACCAGGGAACUGCUUUGCAUAAACGAAAAGUAGAUGAGGUUGGGGCUGACCCUGAUAAGACCAUAGAAGAGGAGCUGUGUGAUUUUGCCUGCUAUGUCUGCGGGAAAGUCUACAUCGAGAAGCCGUUCUUGGAUGAGCACUUGAAGUUGCACAGCAAAGACGAACUAGCAGUUGGCAGAAAGGACUCUGAAGCAGUUGGUACUGGACAGGACCAGCCAGACGUUCGAGGAGCUCGUGUUUACCCUUGCGGGGUGUGUGAUAAGUGUUUCCAGCAUCCUAAGGGGUGGAAAAGACAUGUGCUCAAAUUCCAUUCCGGCAAAGCAGGUCCUCAUCAGAGUGCAAGCUCUAAAAAGGAAGAAAAGCUUCACACUGAUUUUGGCAAAUUUCAAUGUGAUCUCUGCGAUAAAUAUUAUCGCUAUAGACGUGGUUUGAUCGAACAUCGCCAAAGAAUCCACAAGGAAGGCGUUGGAAAAGAUUCUGAUGGUGACUUGGACGAAGAUGAGGACCAGGAUAGUCUGACUUGCAACGUUUGUGACAAAGCGUUUCCGUUUCAAUUUUCACUCGAGAGGCAUUUGCAAAGGGUGCAUGGAAUUGAGCCGGUGUAUGUGGACGUAAGUCAGGUUGAAAAUUUGCCUGAAGGUGGAGAGAAAGCAAGUACAAGUAGGGAUAUAAGUUUGACAGAAGAUGGGCAGCAGCCUAGCACAAGUCAAGAUACAGGUUUAGUAGGAGAUGCAGAGCAAGCCAGUGCACGUCAGCCUGAACUGACUCCCAAGAUGUCGGGUAACACGCAUCCUUGUCAUAUCUGUGAUAAGGUUUAUCCACACUGGCAUUCUUUGAUCAAGCAUCUGAGCGAGUCUCACCCAGAAUUGAAAUUGGUUCUUGAGCAGACGACAGAAAACAAGGUCGUUGGCAGUGAAGGAGAAGAUGAAGAUCCUAAAAAGCAAGAUCCACAAGGCAGAGGAGAAUUCCCUUGUGAUGUGUGCGACAAGGUCUACCCGUAUGAAAGAGGUUUAAAGAGGCACAAGCAGUCGGUCCAUGAGAUGCACGAAUUUGAUGAGUCCCCGAAGGCCAAAUAUGUGGAGUUGGAUCGUUCAAGGACGAGCACACCGGUUAUAGCUUUAACUGGGUUGGAGUCGUUUACUAAGGUUGGAGAAAACAGGUAUCCUUGCGGAGUUUGUGACAAGGUCCUGCUGUCUAGGACAACGUGGAAAAGACAUCGCCAGUCUCAUGAACCGAAGGAAUUGGAGAAAUUUGUCAUGGCGACUGAGAUGGAGGCGGGACCUGUUGAAGCAAAUCAAGAACAGAGUCUCGGAGUGGAUGAAGCAAAACCUGCAAAGAAAGUUACUCCAAGACGUAAGGAAAGCAAAGAUAUUGCUGAUAAUGAAGACAAUUUUUGCAAGGCAUGCAAUAAAUCGUACCCUCGGAAAUAUGCAUUGGCAAGACACAUGGAGACUCAGAUGCAUCAGAUAGCUGAGGGCCUCUACUUAGAGAGGCAAAAGUCGGGGGAAAUUCCAAUGGAAACGCAAGAGAAAGCCAAGACUCCAUUCAAGAAAGUGGGGACUCCAUCCAAGCAAGUACGAGAAGGUGAUGAACAGCAAAAUGAGGCAGGGGAAGCGCCAAAAGAACAUCAACUACUUGAAAAGCAUCCUACGGAGGAAAAUAUGUUCAUCUUGCGUCAGGGUGAUGGACUUGAUCAGAAUUUUGUUAUUUUACAACAAGAAAGUGAGGGUGGAGGCCAGGAAAAUGUUAUGAUUGUUGUGCAGUCUGCGCCUGAUGGGAGCACGCAAGAGACAUUGACGCAAAAUGAUCAGCCGAUGAUUACACAGGAAGAACUGCAGAAUGCUCCUGAUGAAAAGGAGCCAGGUUCAGAAACUCCAAUGGAGACGGAUGCCAAUUCGGGAAAUGUUGCAAUGGAGUCUGUAGAGACGGCUCUAGGUAGUGGUGAGGUGGAAAUGGCAGCUGAGAGUUUGAUUCUACAGAUGGCACCGAACUUGGACUUGUCCCAGAUUGGAGAAUUGCACAUCCAAAUCGUACCGGAGGAGGAAGCUGAGCGUAAUCUUUCGAUCACGUCUCAGCUAAUACAGAACAUGACUGUGCCCACCUCUACUAUAGAGAAGUCAUAUAAGAGUUCAAAAGGAGCUUUUCAUUGCGGCAUUUGUGACAAGUAUUACCCCUGGAAAUGGUCAUUGAAGCGACACAUGCUGCAGUCACACUAUAUUAAAGAAGAAGGUGGUAUGUUGACAGAUUCCAUCGCAGCCCGGCACGCUUACAAGGCUCCUCUGCGGUAUCAAUGUGAGGAGUGUGAGGCGUCCUACUCUCAUAAAAAUAACUUGCGCAUUCACAUUGAGAGGCAGCAUCUUCAUCUUAUGGACGAGGAUGGAAAUAUUGCCGGAUCCACUGAUGUGGGAGAAGACAGAGAUCAAGCAUCCGUCGACCCUUGUAAUUAUCCCUGUAUUAGGUGCGAUGAAAUCUUUGCGACAAAAAGUGAUCUAGAAAUACAUCAUUGUUCGAAAGCCCCCAUGAAGGUCGAGAGUACAGGUACAGGUGAAGACGAGGUUUUGCCUGAGAGUAUGGGGGAAGACAAGGAGGUACCUGAUGUCCAGGAGGUAGAAGACCAGAGUGAUCCACCUCCAACGAAGGCAAGGAAUACCACAGUUCUGUGUGACUUGUGCGCGGUGUGUUUUCCGACCACGAACUCUUGGGAACGACACAAAUGCAAAGAACAGGACAGUGACAUCGGAGUGGCUGUGGAGAGAAAAUUUGUAGCUGCUCAAGAUUUCGUUACGGACAUGGCAGCUGUUCCUGUAGAAUUCGUCGAUCAGCAGCAGGAAUUGGAGCAAUUGUUACCAACGUCUGAGGAUGGCCAAGAAGAUUAUGAUCUAGACGGUAAUCGUCUGGACUUUGGUGGUCUUGCUGUUAUGAAAACGGACGAUGAUGGAAAUGAGUUACGAGAUAGUCGGGAGAAAAUACCGUUCCUUUUUGCUUGUGACUACUGCGAUCGCUGGUACCCUUCGCAGGUAACACUACGUGAACAUCUGCAAACGUCUCACAACGUUGAGGGGUCGACACUGCCAACAAAGUUCAAGAGGCCAUCGCGUUAUGAUAAUGACGGUGAAUACGCCUGUGAGCUGUGUGAGAGCAGAUACCGCUACAAAAGAGGCUUAGUUGAACACGUGAAAGAGCACAAGUGUGAGUUCGAUAAGUACAUCAUCGAAGAUCAGAUUAAGUUGGCAAGUUUGAAAGAGCCGACAGAGUUUCUAUGCGAUGUCUGUGGAAUCGUAUCGGUGUCGAAAGAUUCCUUGCGACAUCAUCUGCGUUCCCACGAGAAGGAAGAACAGAAGCAGUUCCUGUGUGAAGUCUGUGGUUUGAAUUGCCACACCAAACGGGAGAAAAAGUUGCACUUGAAGACACAUAAAAGUGACAAGACGGACUGGCGGUGUGAUGUUUGUGAUAAGGUUUUUCCAGUUCACCGACAGCUGCUGAUCCAGACGCAUAUCGGCUCCCACACGGGAGACAAGCCUUUUGAGUGUCAAAUCUGUGGCAAACGACUCCUCCGUAAAUGCCACUUGCAGAGCCAUCUGAAACGACACGAGUCGGAGAAGACGAUUUACGUUUAUGAGUGCGGAGAGUGUGGGAAACGAUUCCGGCAGCGAAGUCAUUUGAAAGUCCAUAUCAUGUCUCAUAAUGGUGAGAAACCACAUGAAUGUCCAGAUUGUGGAAAAAGGUUCCUCAUGCACAGCCAUAUGAAGUAUCAUCAAAAGACGGUCCAUGCUAUCGUCAAACCGGCAAAUUUUACCUGCGACCAGUGUGGUCAGUUAUUCGUCCAUAAACAUCAUUAUAAGACCCACAUGAUGAGGCAUUCCGGUGAGAAACCGUACGAGUGUGACCGUUGUGGGAAGCGGUUUAUUCAGCGGUCACAUUUGAAGACUCAUAUUAUGACUCACACAGGCGAGAAACCGCACGAGUGUGACCAUUGUGGGAAGCGGUUUUUGAUGAGCAGCCAUCUCAAGUCGCAUAUGAUCAGUACACAUUCGUCGGAGAAAGCGUUUGAAUGUGGGGUCUGCGGUAAAAAGUGUGUGACCCACGGCCAGUUUAAGUCCCACAUGAAGGUUCAUGCAGGACUACGAGGCAUUCCUGGGAGGAGGUUCGCCGUGCCUGCCCCUAAACCAGCAACACCACGCUGGAGCAACCCGCUGGAAGUCUUAUCAAGUAUCAUCGUGGAUUCAGAUAAUCAGUUUGGCGCUGCGAAUAUUGUUCCAAUGUCCGAAUCGAAUUCUCAUGUGCAGGUUGAAGUUUUGAACAGCAUUCAAAGCAUUGCACCAGAACAGGGCAAUCAAGUGGAAAGCCAGGUUGAGGUCGCAUCAAGUGCCUUGGGGGAGACGCAGCAAGUGGAGGGGCAAGAGGUUGCCGCUGGUAGAGGAAGCAAUGUCUCAGUUUAUCAACCUGGGUCUGGUGCGAAGAUUGAUCCGUCGUCCUGUAUCCUUAUUAUACCAGAAUCCAGCUCCCAACCUAGCCAGUCGAGUGGGUUCCGUAUUCUACCAGAAAUGAAUUCCGAAGAUCAGCCGACGUCUGCCAUCCUCAUCUCGCACAAUGUUCCAAGGUCGAGCGUAACUUUGGAGCCGUCGACCAUGCGCGGUGCGUACAUUAUAUCCGAGUCUGAUUUUGAAGGUGAAAUCGACGGGACGUCGGGUCUAAGGAUUGUACGAGAUGCUGCGGAGCAGUCCUCGACUGUUGAGGUUGUUCCGGAGAUCAACAUGGGACAGGAGGGAACCCCGAUGGAAGAGGAAUCGUCAGAACAAGUUGAGCAGACAACAACGAUAUAUGUUGAUGAAGCAGGCAAUCCAAUCGAUCCGGCUACGACUCUUGGUUACUUCCCGGUUCAAGAAUCCGGGACGUAUUUGGCGUCUGCUUCUCAGAUGGAGGCAGGUUCAACGAUAAAUGUUGUCUUGGAAGCUGACCCCCUUGAGACCAAGACGGAUGAAUUAACCUCCGAAACGGCUGGAUUAGAGUCGAGCCAAACUGUAGUCUAUGUAACGGAGCCGGAGAUGGAUACAAAGUUUGUCCCGCCAACAGCUGUGACCGCGGGCAAUGUUGAAGAAGGUAAAAGUCUUGUUUAUGCUAGUAUUCAGGAGUUGGAACAGGCAGCUUCAGAGGAAGGGAGAACUAUUGUUUAUAUGGAGGAGUCGCAAGAAGCGGGUGACUCAGAGGGGAUGGCCCAAAUUGUUUACAUGCCUGACACAGCCCCGAAAACCGAGCCAGGAGCAGUUACAGAUCCAGGAACAGUUACAGAUCCAGGAGCAGUUACAGAUUCAGGGGCCGAACUCGAGGCCGCCCAAGCGAUUAUCUAUGUGUCUGAGUCUUGUGGUCAGGUAGAUCAAUCCUCGGUUAGUCUCGUAUCGGAGUCGGGCCAGAUCGUCAAAAUGGAAGAACCAGAAAUGGAAAAAACCGAUAGAAAAACUAAACUUAGUUUGAUAACGUCUGCUUGUCUGAUUACGUCUGCUCGUUUAAUAACGUCUGCGUGUUUCAUACGUCUGCGCACUCAAAACAACAUGGCGAGCGAAGCAACUACAAUUUCUGGAGCAGACAAUAAUAUGAUCGGAAACCUUGGGAAAGACAAUGAAAUUGAACAAAGUCGCGAGUCCUGCAACAGACCUAAAAAAGAUGAAGAUAAACCAGCGCUGAACAACAUAAUAUUGAGAUAUAAAUGUACUGUGUGUCACCUAGAUUAUGCUUCGAAUGAAAUGCUCAAAAAGCACAUCCUUACACACUCGAAUGAGGUAAAAGAUGACGAUCGGCCGAUUCUUAUCGAUGAGACGAGACGGUUCGGAUGUAAUGUUUGCCAUCGUGUGUAUAUUUCGGGUAGGUCGCUCCGAAAACACAUGCAGACGCACUCCGAUGAGGAAAAAGUGGAAGUCUUCACCGAAAUGUUGCAGAAGUCGUGCGAUGAGCCAGCGUCUGUUCCUGAAAAUCUCCUGAAAAGGAGCUUUUGUUGCGACGCUUGUGAUCGACGCUACCUCGCGAAGAGUUCGUUGGCGAGACAUAAAAAACUGGUGCAUGGGGUAGGAUUGAAAGCCGAGGUGGAGAUUUUUCACGUCGAUGAGGGAAAGGGCGGUUCCGAGGGUGGUAAUUUGUUGGUCUGUGAAAAAUGCGGGAGUAUUUUCGUUGGCCGUGAAGCGCUGACGAGUCAUCAGCAACUAGAACACGGAAUAUUUAAGGUAGAUGGAAAGGAACUGGUGGUGCAAUACAGGCUUCAGAGCGAACUAGGUGGCGCUGUUGUGGAAGAGAAGGUGACGUCUGCUGCUGAGGGACCUGUAACGUCUGCUGCUGAGGGGCCUGCUGAGUCCCCUUGCGUUCCCACUUUUGCGGAGGGGCAAGAAGGGGAGACUGUUUCACAACCGCCAGAUGUGAUACAGGGCGUGCAGUAUCUGUGUGAUGACUGCAACAUCUUGUUCGAAGAUAAAACGAUGAUUGUCGAGCAUUUUCGCGAGAAGCAUGAUUUGGUGUUCAAUGAAAAUGAAAUAGAGUCCAUUGGGAAAACUCCGGAUUCAGAAGUGUAUAUGGAGUGUGCGGAAUCUGGGGGUCUUGGGGACGAGGACCCAAGUAGGCCAAAAGAUCCUUCAGAAUUCACUGGACUGGGACAGAACCAGCCUAUGGACUACUCAGAGGGAGUCCUGAAAGUGAAGCAUGGGGAAGAAUCUGAUAAUUCAGCGGGUUAUGGGGACGAGGAAAUCUGUAGGUACCGCGCUGAACCAUCUGCACAAGAAAUAAACGAUUCCCAAAUUUUUGUCUGUGAGAAGUGUCAUGUGGGUUUUAUGACCGCAGAAAGCCUACGAGUUCAUGUCAGUAAACAUAAAAAUACUAGCAGUGCUGGUUACGUUUGCAACAAAUGUGGCAAACUGUUUGAAACCGAUGCGGAACGAAAAAAUCACAUGAAAUCCCAUCGGAAAAACUCGGAGAAAAAGUUCUAUCAUUGCGAAGAAUGUGGGCAAGAAUUUCUGCAUACUCAGCAAAAAAAGAUUCGUACCCAUUUGCAGUCUCACGCCGGUGAGAAACCAUUUCAGUGUGAGCACUGCAAGGAUUCGUUUUUGCGGCGUUGUCAUUUGGCUUCCCAUCAGAAAUCUUGUCGGGGUGGGACCAAGGAUUAUAAAGUGUAUAAAUGUGAUAUUUGCCAGAAAACUUUCACGCAAAAUAGCCAUUUGGUGACGCAUAUUCGGGGUCAUAACGGUGACAAGCGGUACGAGUGUCACUAUUGCGGAAAGCGCUUUCUGAUGAGUAGUCACUUGAAAGGACACAUCCGUGGUUCCCAUACUGAUGACCGUCCCUUCAAAUGCACCCACGGCCAGUGCACGAAAGCGUUCCAUUCCAGUAGCCACUUGAAGACGCAUAUCAUGAGUCACACGGGUGAGCGCCCGCACGAGUGCCCGAUUUGCAAGAAGCGCUUCUUGCAAAGUACGCAUCUCAAAACGCACGUCAAUAGCGCUCAUCUUCCCAAGAGCGACUGGGUGACGAAAUAUUCGUGCGAAUAUUGCGGCAAGAAAUUCCUGCAGAGUUCUCAUCUAAAGUCUCAUGUGAGAACACAUACGGGGGAACAACCUUACCAGUGUCAACUCUGUUGUAAGCAGUUCAAAACCAGCAGUCAUUGUCGGGUCCAUAAGUGUUUAGAGGCUGAUGAUCUUGGUGUUCCCAGAGUGGAGCGGAUUUCAAGUGUUCCAAAUAACGAACCUGGUGUUCCCAUCGUCACGCAGGUGCUGAGUAUCAAAGGUCAGAUCGACACCAAUAUGAUUGAAGAUGUGACCGGUUCAGAUACUUCACGCACUGGACAACUGUCAACAUCUGCUGUAGAAUCGCAAUCGGCCUUGGACUUGUUGUCCGAUGUGGUCGACAAACAGAACGAAUCGUCAGACAAACGAACCAAUCGGGUUGUGUACGUAGAUGUCCAGGCUGGACCCAGUGCCACACGGGAUGAAACCUUUGUCCCUGAGUCCCGGGAAACAACACCUAAUCGGCCCGAGCCGUCCGCCAUCUUUGUCCCAGAUGCCCUCGGUCCUGGUGACAUCCAGGUGACGGAAUCUGUAGAAGAGUGCCCUUUGGUAGCCGAAAUUGAACCCAUGAGUACCGCGGGUGGAGGGGAAAUGGAUGUGUAUGAAAUUUCUCGUUUUCAAGAGCAGUCUUGCGUCAUGAUGUUGCCUCCGAAUUCUGAAGCUCCUGGUUCUAGUAGCCCGUCUUAUACGUGCAUCAUAGCAGAUUCCGUCCAGGGUAUUGUUCAGACUCUGAGCCUGGAUUCUUCCUCCGUCCAAAUUGUCAUGGAGGGUUCAGUUGAGGGCGCAGGUGCUCAAACAGAAUAUGCAGAAAUCUCGCCUGAGUAGGACUCAAAAAUGAAUAUUUUAGAGCCACUCUAUUAGGGACACCUUUUGAACUGACAAAUGAUGUCCCUAAUAGGUAGGUGUCUUGAUUACAGAGGUCAGAUUGUGCAGAAAUGAUCCAUUUGGGACCAAAAUCACCUCCCUACUAGAGAUUUCCAAGGUGUCCAUUAAGGGAGGCUCUAUUGUACAUGGUGGUGGCAUUUUUUAAUACUUUUUAAGACGGGCUGUAUACAGAUUUAUUAAAGGCCUACGGCAUUCGUUAAAAAUUUUGAAUUUGUAAUUGAAUUUGAAAAUGUUCAAUUGCAGAAGUACGUUCUAAAUAUAAAUUUCAACAUUGCCGUCGUGUAGACUGAUAUACAAAUACUAUGAAUACCAAGUUUCAACACAUUUGUACACAUAAUAACUGCACUACGGCAUUGUGUAUUAGUGGAUUUCUAUUUAACUGGACCACAAGUACAUGUAAUUAUGAUCGGCGUACCCCUCUGAAUAAGAUAGUGAAUAUCUGAUAAUAGUCUGUUUGAUUAUUGUUUUGCCUCGAUUUAGAUAUGGAAUAUUUUGUGUUGGAAAACCAUAACAAAUUGUCAUUAUCUUUACUGUAUCACGCAGAAGAAAUUCUGUGGUGUUUAAAUAUAAUUUGUAUAUUACCCUGAACUGGUCUUUUUGGAUAAAGACACAACCAGAAUGCCGGGAUAAGUUCACUUUAACUUCUUCCUUGUCGAAUAUGAAGACUUGUGUGACUGUGACUCACUUUUUCUUGUUGGCCCAGAGGGACCUUGUUUAUAAUUAAGUUAUCUUCUGUGUUUGCGUUUCAUGCGUCAUUUGAGUAAUGGUUACUAUCA